GCGUAGUGUGGGUUCACGACGAUAUACACUCCAGUGUUCAUUUGGAAGUGGGCGAGAGAAGGGUGUAACGAGGAUUUUCGUGGCGAGUGGCGGUGGUUCGACUUGACCAUGUCUGCCAUUGCAUACAUUGGAGGAUUGAAGGCCUACUUGGCCAGGGGUGAAUGCAUUAAUGAAAGUAGUGUGUUUCGACUCCAUUAUCAGUUUACUGUUGUGCUUUUACUUGGUGCAUCCAUCUUACUAACAGCUGCCGAGUUCUUUGGGGCUCCAAUCAACUGUAUCACCAGUUUACCACAACAAAAUGUCAUAAAUACGUAUUGUUGGAUACAUUCGACGUUCACAAUACAAGAUUAUUAUCUACGUGAACGUGGGCUGGUUGCCGAACCUGGAGUUGGGGCCCCGAGUGCAUAUUCAGACGAUGAGAUGCAAGAGCGCUGGAGGUUCCAUAAUUAUUACCAAUGGGUUGUGUUUUUCUUGUUUUUCCAGGCAGCACUCUGUUAUAUCCCAAAGUUCGUUUGGAAUAAUUUUGAAGGUGGAUUGAUGGAAACUAUUGCCAGUGGAUUACGUCCAGUGCUGUACAAAGAGGAAGAUGUUAGCGCUCGCAAAAAUACCAUUAUUGAGUACAUUGUCAAGCAUAUUAGGAUGCACAAUGGAUAUGUAUUUAAAUAUUGGUUAUGCGAGCUGCUAAGUUUCAUCAACAUUGUUGGCCAGCUGUUCCUCAUUGACAAGUUCCUUGGGGGUGCAUUUUUGACCUAUGGCCCAAGGGUUCUGGAGUAUUCUGAAUUGGACCAAGAGGAAAGAGUCGACCCUAUGAUCUACGUCUUCCCAAGGAUGACCAAGUGUCAUUUCCAUAAAUUUGGGUCAUCGGGUACUAUCGAGAGAGCUGAUGCAUUCUGCUUGCUUCCACUUAACAUCUUGAAUGAGAAGGUGUUUAUAACAAUUUGGUUCUGGUAUGUAAUUCUUGCUGCCUUGCUAGGAGCCAUCUUGCUCUACCGAAUUGCCCUCUUUGUGGUCCCAGGUCUUCGCCCACGUGCCAUGCACAAGCACAACAAGUCUGUUCCUAUUGAGACAAUAGAAGCAAUUGUCAACAAGACUUCUAUUGGAGAUUGGUGGAUUUUAUAUGUUUUGUCCACAAACAUUGAUCCACUCAUCUACAGAGACAUAAUGACCAGGUUAUCAAAAGAGAUUGAAACUGCCAACAGCAACAAUGCUUACAACAGUCCAUAUUCAUCGUCAUCUGUAUGAAUGUUGGAGGACAUGGACUGAGGGCUGUUACCCCCAGCUGAAGGUGAAUCAAGAUUAAAAUGACUAGACUACAAGAAGGAAGAACAUUCAGUUAUUUUGAACCCACCCCGAGUUGUCUUUCACUGGGUUAAGGAUUUAAGAAAUUUUUAUAUGGAAUGCGUUUGGUGCUAUGUGUGGAGUAAGCUUUUGUUUUGGGGGGCGCCAAUUAAGGGAAGUUUAGUAUAUACUCUGUUGUUCUUACUUAGAACGUGCUUUAAAAUUUUGAGAUGUUCCAUCAGGAAUGUUUUGCGACAAACUGUUUGUGUGGAGCAAGAUUUCCUGAAUGUAUGGUGCAAGAAAUUAAUCCCACAAGUGCCUUCAGCUGAGCUUCGAGGCCUUAAAGUGUUCCCGUGUGUCAAUAUUCAUUAUGAUUAGUUCUCCUAAGUUAGAGGUGGGCUAGUCAUGCUGCAUGAGGGUGACAGCCACCAGUUCUUGUCUUAAUGUUUCUGACAAAUUUCAUUUGACCUACAUGGUUACUUUAGUUACUUUAUUAUUUAGAAUUUGACAAGCCUUUCUUUCAUUAUUGUUGCUGUAUAUGUGGUUAAUUGUCACAAAGUUACUCUAUUUAUUAUUUAUUUUUUAAUGUUUUGGUAAUGUUUUCAAGAAGUUCUACUCAGUUGUGUUGGAUGUUGUGAAUUUGGAUACUGGCAUUUCAAAAGUCAUGAAUACAGAAGGAAAAUAAUUAAGACUGCUCACAAGUAUAUGACAGCUUUGCUGGUCAAAGAUUUCUGUAUAUUUAUAAGUGCCAUUAUCACAAGGGAAAUAUGACUAGUUUCGAAGCGCAUGAAGCUAAUAUUUUUAUGCUCUCUGGCCUAUAUCUUUGUAGAUAAGUCAGUGUGAUUGAUCGAGAGUAUUAUUUCUAUGUAGAUGAGGCAAGAAGACCAGUGAUGCUCAGAGGACAUUUUACAUGCCUUUAUUCAAAAAUCAUCCAUUAUUCUCCAUCCAUUAAACUUAUUUUGCAAAUUAACGCUAAAAGUUCCAAGUAAGUGCUAUUGGAUGCUUGCACCCGUUGUUGGGAUGAACCCGAGCAAGCAAUACAAAUAUGUGCAGUUAUAUGAUACUUUAUCUUGUGGCUUCACUGUAUCUUACAGUUUUAUGUAAACUUAAGAAUAUUAUUUUGUCUUGUAUAAGAUUCAUGUAAUUUGUAGUUACAUUAGAGAGAUUUUUUAUAUAAAA